GUUCAGGGUCUGUGUGGACAGUGAGGGAGUCAGAGAGAGAGAAAGCGAGCAGAGGGAGAGGAGAGAGAAAAAACAGACGGGAGGGAUGUGUGUGCGGUAAACGGUGCUGCAGGUACACUCAGAGCCGGAUUCUGGUUUUUAUAACCGCGGCAAAACCGUCUCAGAGCCGGCCUCUUCUCCUCUUCAUCUCCUCCCAAACAGCCGCAAUGUCUAGCGGAGGAGAGGUUCGCGUCCUCCGCCAAGAGCCCGGCCAAGAGAGCCCGAGGAUGCCGGCCUGGAAGCGAGAGAUCCUGGAGAGGAGGAAGGCGAAGGGCGGCGGAGGGUCUGGAGGAGCCGGUGCCGCGGAGACGAGCCCCGGCACCGGCACCGGCGGGGCGGGGGCGGGCGGCUCGCAGCGGGUUAACGGCGAGCUGACGGGGACCGUGAACGGCGGCGGAGGAGCGAGCGGCGGGUCCGGGCGCAGCUACACCAUCACCACCGCCAGCCAACACUUCGCCAACAACAAAGAGACCCGGCCGACGGACGCGGAGACGACACCGAGGGAGGACGGCCGGCAGGAGAGCCUGGUGCUCCAGGAAAGCCUGGGCCCGCUGGAGGAGAACCCCUUCAUCAAGCUGGAGAAGGAGCGGAGGAGGCGACAGGACCGGGAAACCUCUGCCCGUCCAGUCCAGCAUAUCCUGGAGCUGUACGGGAGUGUACCCGGGAUACGGACUAUCCGUGCAGACAAUAUUAUCAUCAUUGAGUCGGACCCGGAUUACUUCCCCGAAGCUGGGGGGCUAAAAACCGGGUCCAAAUGGCAGCAAAACGGUGUGAGUAGUUACAGCUCCCUGAACGACCUCCUGGACCGGAGAGGGAGUGCUGUGACUGAGAUAAGAGCCAAGGAAGUGGUGAUUUAUGACACCACGUUAAGCAAGAGCGAGGAGAACCUGAGCACCCUGGGCCGCCCUGACCAUGAGGCCUCUUCCUAUGAGACAGCUGAGGGUCAGGGCAGGGUGAGCCGGAUGCUGCAGAAGUUUGACAGCAACUAUGGAAAGCUGCAGAAGAAGUCCCACAGCACGGAGAACCUACUGGACCUGGAUUGUAGUGCCAGCAGCAGGCCGAGACUCUGGUCCAAGCCACAGCCAGAUCUGGUGCCAAAGGCCAGGCCGGGCCCGUCCAUUAGCAGCCCGGGCAGCAGCCAGCCAUCGUCGCCCGUCUUCCAGAGUCCCUUGUCUUCCAAACCAAAGCCACAGCCUGCCGUCUCCGAGCUGGGCAGCCCCCAGCGCCUCGCCGGGGCCCCUCAGCCUGUGUCUUCCUUCCGUCAGCGGUUUGAGGAGAGCGAGGGCCACGCUGCAGCUGGAGAUGAGCCAGACAGGGGGCCAACCAAGCCCGUCAGAGAGAGAGACUGGGAGGGCUCCGAGGUGCCACCCAAACCCAAGGUGCCAUGCUCUCCGGAGACCCGUCGUAUCCGUGCCGAGUCCCCCUCAAGCCCCAUCUUAUUCAAGGUGUCGCGCUCCUCGUCUGACUUUGAGAUCCGGCCCUCCCCAAAGCCAGACCUCACCCGGAUUCCUGACGGGGACACCCAGGCACGGGCCCUCGCAAACCUGCGCCUGCAGUCCCGCAACUCCUUCACGGUGAUCCCCAAGCGGCGUGUUAGUGCCUCAUCUGCAACCAGCAGCCCAGCACCGUCCAGCCCAGUCAGGUCUUCCCCGUCCCACAGAGGGGCAGGGGGGCCCACGCCAGGAGUGCCAACCUCCCACGCCCCUACGGCCGCCUUGACGCCCUCAAAGAGGAACGAGGAGAAACCGCAGGAGGAGAAGGAAGUCGGGAGGUUAUCCAAGCCAGAACCAACUCCUUCUGUUGCCACAAGUCCUGCCCCCCCUCCGACCUCAGAACCCUUGUCCCCGUCUCCUAUCCUAACCCCAGCUCCCUCAUCUCCACCUGCUCUGUCUUCACCUCCCUCUUCUCCGGCUGUCCCAUCUUCACCCUCCCACUCCCCAGUUCCCUCAGACUCUCCUACCCCUCCUACCCCUUCUACCCCCUCACUGGCUCCAGAGAAACCUCCAGUGGAUCAGCUGCCAGUAACAAACAUAGACGACAUUGAAGUGGAGCCCCCCCAGCGAGUCCCCGUCCCCAGCCCCAUGGUGCAAAGGAGAAAGGGGAACACCUUCACUGUGGUUCCUAAGCGUAAGGUGGAGUCCGAGGGUCAGCCAAGCUCACCUGAGCCCCCGCAGGAAGCCUCAAGUGAGGCUCCACAGGGGUCCACACCCCCACAGGCCCCGUAUGCUCAGCUGGGCUCCCUGCUGAAGAAACGCUACCCUGCUGUGGAGGAGAUCGAGGUAAUCGGAGGUUACCUUUCACUCGCCAAGUCCUGCCUCACCAAGACGGGAUCCAUGGGCAAGAAGCUGAAGAUCUCGUUCAACGAGUCGAGUCUCCACAGCACCUACGAGUACCCGUCAGAGAGCAGCGCGUGGGACAGCGGCGAGGAGGACGAGGACGAGAAGCGAGACGUGGGGAAGGCGGCGGAGGAACAGCCGAGCAUGGUGGGACGCAUCCACAUCCCCCGACCCAGCUUCAGCAGCUCCCCCACACACAACAACAGCAACGAUCUUUCCAGCUACAUUCCCAAACACUCUGUGGACUUCAGCGCCUGGCAGGAGCACAAACAUGAGGAGAGCCUCUACCAGGAGGAGCAGACCUCCCCACAGAGCCUCCUCACUGAGGAGGUCAUGCUGACUCCGGCGGACAGCUCGUCCCUGUCUGACUACAGCAGCGAGCCGGCUCUCUACUUCUGAUCUCCAUAGCAACCAGCUGUCCAGUAGCAUCAUCUCACCUGUGGGAGCAGCAGCCUGCAGCAGGAGCCCACCAGGUGUGUCUCCUCCAGAUACACACUCCAGCUCCAGAUACACACUCCAGCCGUCUCUAAGCACAUCGUCCUGCUCUCACAGGAAAAACAUAGUAUUUUAUCUGUUUGUUUGUUCUUUGGAGGCGAUUUCCUGCCACGGAAAAAAAAAAAACCACCACACGCCAUUUUAUCCACCUGUUCGAUUCCCGCCUCCACAAACCCACCAAGCAGCUGGACUGUGUUUCCCCCGACGACGGCCCAGGACAGUUGAUCUGUCAGCCUCCAUCACCAUGGUAACGAGUCUCUCCUCUCAGACUCACUGGCUGUGAUUCUCUGCUUCCACGUCUUUGCUUCAGGUUAUUUACGGGAGUCGUUGACAAGGAGCUUAAAAACUUAAAAAAAGUGACCAAACUCCUUAAAAAAAAGGACAGGAAGCCGCCAGUGCCCACAUGUAGGUAUCGCCACGGUGACAGAGUUCAGUGUUAGCAUGGAGGACGCGUCUGGCACACACACAAAAAGGUGAAAGGGUGCCACAACUGUAGUUUUUUUGUCUUUUUUUUUGUUUUUGUACGUGCAUGUUUUGAUUUCAGCCGACAGCUCGGUGGGCUGCUUCUCUUUUACUGUAAAGCUUCUGUAUGCCUUUUAGUUUUUCUACGUUAUCUGGCAAACUAUGCUGUAAUGAAGCUGCUGGACGUUCAGUAGAAGAGUCUUAAAGGGACAGUUUGGAUUUAUUGAAGUGACGAGGCUCAGUUUAUUAUCUACACGACACUUUUCUCUCUUCAAAACCACCAGAUUCCAUG